AAACAUCAAAGAAAAUGGCAGAGCUAGGAAGAAUUCAUAGUUUUGUCAUCAAGUUGUUUAGUAUGUGGGCAGUAUGCUCAUUUCUAUUUCCUUACUGCACUGUACAUUGCAGUCCUCCACCAAAUCCCAUCAAAUGUGUAUCGAAAUCAUCACGAACAAGCAGUAGGAAUAGUAGUUAUUGCACGAUUUCGAACGCAAUAGGUGCAUUUCCGGAUCGAUCUAUUUGUGAAGUUGGCCAUGUCGUUUAUCCUAAAACUGAAGAAGAACUUGUUUCAGUAGUAGCCAUGGCUUCUAAAAACAAAAUGAAAGUGAAGAUAGCGACUCGAUAUGGUCAUAGUUUACCAAAACUAGUUUGCCCCGACGGCAACAACGGCUUACUCAUAAGUACGCUACAUCUUAACCGUAUUGUAAAUGUCAACCCGUCAACAGCAACGAUCACUGUUGAAUCUGGUGUAAUUCUAGGGGAUCUAAUCAAACAAGCUGCAAAGUCUGGCCUGGCACUGACUGCUGCACCUUAUUGGUGGGGUUUGACUGUUGGUGGGUUGAUUUCCACGGCUGCACAUGGUAGCGGCCUGUGGGGGCGUGGAAGUUCUGUUCAUGAUUAUGUCGAAAGCAUCCGAAUAGUGACUCCAUCUGGACCUAAUGAAGGUUAUGCAAAGGUUCGAAUGCUUUAUAGCAGUGACCCUGAUAUUAACGCUGCCAAGGUGUCUUUAGGAGUCCUUGGAGCCAUUUCGCAGGUUACUCUAAGACUGGAACCACUCUUCAAAAGAUCCAUCACUUUUACAGAGAAGAGCGAUUCGGACUUGGCAAUACAAGCAACCACUUUCGGCAAUGAACAUGAGUUUGGUGACAUAUCAUGGUACCCUAACCAACAUAAAGCGAUUUACCGAGUUGACGACCGCAUUUCGUCUAACGCAUUUGGUAAUGGACUUAAUAACUUCAUCGGUUUUCGUCCUACCCCGUCAGCUGCACUGGCCGCAGCAAGAACCGCAGAGGAGAUUCAAGAAUCAACAAGCGAUGCUAAUGGGAAAUGUAUCAAUGCAAAAUCAACUACGACGGCACUGGUUACUAGUGCAUUUGGCUUCACCAACGACGGCAUUGCCUUCACUGGGUAUCCAAUUAUCGGUUACCAAAAUCGGCUACAAGCGGCAGGUAGUUGUCUAGAAAGCCCAAAUGAUGGUCUUGCCACAGUAUGUCCAACCGAUCCAAGGGUUAAGGGCGUGUUCUAUCAUCAACUAACUUUCAGCAUUGAAUUGUCAAAAGUUCAGAACUUCAUCGAAGAUACACAAAAGUUGAGAGAUUUAAAACCUAAAGCAUUUUGUAACUUGGAACUCUACACUGGAAUACUAAUGAGAUAUGUAAAAGCUUCAAAUGCUUACCUGGGUAAACAAGAAGAUGCAAUAGAUUUUGAUAUUACUUACUACAGAAGUACCAACCCAGGUAUACCUCAACUUUUCCAAGACGUUUUGGAAGAAAUAGAACAAAUUGCUGUAUUCAAGUAUCAAGGGAUACCACAUUGGGGUAAGAAUCGGAACGUUGGGUUUAUUGGUGCAGUCACUAAGUACAAAAACGCAGGGGAGUUUUUGAAGGUCAAAGAGACUUUUGAUCCAUUUGGAUUGUUUUCUAGCAAGUGGACUGAUCAAAUUCUUGGUUUAGACCAAAGUGGAGUCACCAUAGUUAAGGAACACUGCGCCUUAGAAGGGUUGUGUAUUUGCUCUGAGGACAUUCAUUGUGCCCCAGCAAAGGGCUAUUACUGUCGACCCGGCCGAGUCUAUAAAGAAGCUAGAGUUUGUUCACGUCUCAAUGUGGUUACAGAUCUUGUAUGAUGAAGGCUCUUUUUAUGAUAUUCUUAUUUUAUGCAACUAGCCUCCAUAAGUUUCUAAUUCCCUCUUACAAUUUUCCAAUUUACAAUUUUCAAUAAUAAAUAACAGUUUAUUAUUA